CGUUGCCAUGUUUACCAGGUGCGUUGAGAAAUGGCGAUUUUGAGUAAUUUCAAAGAAUUCAUUUCGACAUAAAUAAUAUAUAAUGUUUUACGGAUGGAUGUGUUAGUCCUUCGAAGAUGAGCACUACAUGUAAUGUAACAACGAUAAAAUGACAUACGCUGAAAAAGCCCCUGAGUUAAUGAAUGCAAAAUGUAAUUUUAUCAGGCUGGAUGAUGUAUCAAAUAUUCGACCACUCUAUAAAAAUAAAAUUCUGAAUUCGUGUCGUCCUACAGAUCCAGCUGAGCAACAAAGCAAUGGAGCUGUAUUAGAUUCAUCCACAGAUUUCCUAGGUUAUGAUUGGAUAGCCUCUAUGGUGGAUAACCAGAUGAAGCCAGUAUGUGCAAACAAUUCGGGUCGUCCAAAAAUCCUAUCACCAAGUCACUAUGCAGUUAAUGAAGAGUGGUUAAAUCAACAAGAAUUAUUUGAUCGGUUAGAUGCAUUUCGUCAAACAAAUUCUGAUAUUUGCUGUUCACAACAACCUUUAAACCUCCAUAAACCGUCUUCAAGAACCAAUUAUGACAAGUCUACUUUCAUAAAUCUUAAACAACGUGUACGACCAUUACCUCCUAUUAGAACAAAUAUUUCUUCACAUAAUGACAGCAACUUGAAACCGCCAACAACACUUGUGCAAAACUAUACGUUAAAUUCAAGAUUAUUCCCGGUGAGAACAGAUGUUCCAGUUUGUGAUGAAAAAUAUGAAGAGGAAACUGAUGGUCCAAUAAUUCUAAGAAUAUCAAUUCCGUCAAAUCGUUUGAAAAAAACAAAAUUCCUCAAUGAAUCGCUUAACAUGUACAAAAAGUAUAAUUCAUCGUCAAGAUCAUAUCCUCUUAAAAAUACUAUUUCUCUGAUGGGACACUGUAAUUAUUCCAUGGAAUCAAAACAUUUAUGUUAAAAAGUUGAAUAUGUUCAAUAUGACUCAUUAUAUGUUGUACGUUUGAUUCAUUUGUACCUACACUAUUGUACUGUUAACAAUAAUGCCUAUGCAUGACGAAUAACUUGAAAAUAUAUUAUAAUUCUCAUUCCUUUGUAAAUAUUGUAGAUAUCAGUAUGUACUGGUGAAAUUAUCCUUUUUCAAAUUAAAAGCAAUUUACUAAAUGUAAAACAUUUUGCUACAUUAUUUUGUAUGCACGAUGUUCUUUUGACUGAUGUUCUGAGAAUAAUAGAACAGGUGAUUACUAGUUUCAUGUGACAUUUAACCACUAUCCAAAAAAAAGUUUGAAGUCAGUGAUGACCUACAACUGUCAUAUAUUUCACUUAUUUGUUUGUUAAACACCUUUUACUCAUGAGUCCAUUGUUUUGUGUAUGAGCAUGCUAUGUUGUUUUCACAAAAAUUUGUUCUUUCGAAUAAUUGUCG